GCUUGUUCUGCUGCGAGGCGCUGCUGCGACAGGUGUGGCGCAGGACGGGCUGCUUAUAUUCGACAAGGCGUCGUCGUAGGCGUGCCCGGCUAGCGCGUCUCGCCCAUGCACCGCGUCUUGAAACAGGACUGGCGGGAUAGUCCGUAGUGCUGCCGAAAUCUUGAAGAUCGUAAACGGGAAUCAGUCAUGAAACGGAAUUACUCAUUCCGACCGUCGAUGAGUCGAUUCCUGUCUUAUCAUGCUAACUUUCUCCUCUCGAGCGCCUCAAUACAUCAGGUGUCCACCGAGCCCCAUACGCGUCUAUCGAACCCUUUCUUGUGCUUGUCUUUUGUUCAUCUGAAUUAAAUGUUUAUCAUUUGAUAUCAUUGUCCAGAGAUUGCCAUCGCUGCCGUGUAAAACAUGUGAAAUAUGACUGUAUGACUAACGCUUCUAUCUCUCUUCUUUUCCAGGCGUUCAUAUGACCAGCUGUGGGGCUGCCUCGCGUUGUCAACAGAUUUUGCAAGGAGGCGGACCGGCGCGCGGGCGUGAUGUGAGCUCGGACGCGAGCAGCUCUUGCUGCCAGCCGAGCCCAUGGCCCACCAUGGCGGCCGCACCGCGUACCCGCCACAGGGCCGGCCCCUGGGAACGCCCCGGGGAACGCCCGUGGGAACGCCGCUCGCCCUGCCGCGGGUGCACCGGCCGCCCCCGAGCACGCCAUCGCCGCCCCCGCGGCCCCUGCCGCCCACCCCCGGGCCCGGCGCCGGGCCGCCCCCCAACCCCCUGGCGGCGCCGGCGCUGCCCCCCAGCCCGGUGGGCGCGCCGCUGGCGGUGCCGCCCGAGGUCGAGGUGAGCCUCUCGACGCCGAGGCCGGACGGCGAGAGGCGGGCCAACGAGUACGUGGAAGCGCCGCUGCACCACCGGGUACCCGGCGGCGGCCGCGGCGGCGGCGUGCGCACCUCCGCGGCGUCGUGCCGCGUCAAGAAGACCUCGGCCGCGGCGAGCCCGGCGGGCUGCCCGCCCGCCCGGGAGCCCCGCCACCACCAUAGGACUACCGUGACCCUCCCGGUGCGGCAGCAGCCCACCACCUUCAAGAAGGAGCCGCCCGCGGGCGCGCCCGCCCCCCACCUCCACCCGGCGCUGCUCGCCACGCCGACCACCCCGAUGACGCCCUCCCCCUCCAUCAUGUGCCCGGAGUGCGGGCGCUGCCGGUGCGAGGCGUGUCGGGAGCCGCGGCCGCUGCCCUCGCGGUGGCUGUGCGACGACGCGUGCUUCUGCUCGGCGGAGACGACGCUGGACUACGCGACGUGCUUGUGCUGCGUCAAGGGCCUGUUCUACCACUGCGGCAACCCCGGCGACGAGGGGGGCGUGUGGUGCGCGGACGACCCCUGCUCGUGCGCGGGCGCGACGGGGGGCGCGGGGGCGCGGCGCUGUGCGCGCUGGUCGUGCCUGGCGGUCGCCUCCGUCGCCCUCCCCUGCCUGCUGUGCUACUGGCCGCUGCGGGGCCUAGUGCGUGCCACUGAACUGUGCUAUGCCCGGUACUGCGACGACGGCUGCCGGUGCGACCGCCGGCCCCCGAGGCCCGCGAGGACUUCCUCGCCCGGCGGCCAGAGAGUCCCGGCGCUUACCACGCCGGAGAAGAGGCUGCUGGACACAGACUGAACCCGCCUGAAUCAUCAGAGAGAAUGAGUGAGAGAGAGAGAGUUGAUGUCUGGUACAGACAUUACAAUAUUUUCUUUUCUGCGUUUCGGAAACCCCCUAUCUUUUUAAAUUUUGGAUUGCGCUUGCGGUGUGUCGACCUAGGCUGCCGCAAUUUUGUUUAACAUUUAACAUUUAUUAACCUUCUAGCCAUUUUUAAAAUUGAAAGUGUCACCUUUUUUCGGAUUUAAGCUUUGCUCAAAACGACCUAGUCGACGGCAAACUUGCCAAAGCGCCGUUCAUUAUAUAUUUUUUUUCUUUACAAAGAGUAAUUCGUGUUUUCUUGUGUUCGCGUCUCUCUGAUGAGCAGUGUGUGUGCGCGUCUCAUACAUUGAUUUUUUUUAAAUCUUUUGGACAUUCCUUGUUGACAAGCCGUGAAGCCGGGCUUUCCUAAUCUCAUUAGAUCUGCUAAAUAGUUUUAUCCAAGUUAUUUGUCUCUUUUGCUGCUCUGUCAGCCACUUCCAAAGCUUCGCCCCCCCCCCCCCUUUUCUUUCCACCUCCAGACUCUACGUGUAGCAAAACUAAAGAAAAUGCUGUAAAAUUAUUUUUGUACUAUAGAAACUACAUGAAUUAUUUAUUUAUUUAUUUAAAACGCAC